AUGAGCAAGAGUUGUUACCGGUGGUGGUGUUGGCAGGGCGUGUACCAGAGCAACGUGGUGCUGACGCUGGUGCUGGCCGUGUCUGCAGCCGUCCUCGUCUCCCACUACAUUCUCACCAACUACCACUCUCUCUUGCCCUGGACCAACUACGCCUGCAACCUGCAAUGCUUGGGCGUCUACCUCUCCGGCCCAGCCAAUAUUACAGACCCGGUGCUGCUAAGCAUGGUGAGAGACACUUACCUCACGCCACCACCCGCCCACCCUGACAGGACGCCCAUUGACAUCUAUGAGCCCGUGUGGAACAGGCUGGUAGACUGGUGCGUGGUGCAGGAGCAACUGAAGAAGAUUUGGGAGGGCCAGGCUCCCGGGGUGUUCGUGGAGGUGGGUGCUGUGGACGGAGAGUUCAUGAGCCAGACGCUGAUGCUGGAGAAGAACCUGAGCUGGACGGGUCUACUGAUAGAGCCGGACCCUCGCUCCUUCCGCAUCCUGCAGGAGCGCCGCCGCAACGCCUGGACCGCCCCCGUCUGCAUCCACUACGGUUAUCCUGCAAAUAAAAUGUUUUGGCUGCGGGACCUGGAGGAGGGACUACCGGAGCACUUCCUACAGCUGCUGAUGGCUCGCAGCAAACUGAGUGACGAAACACUCACUGGGGAUGAAGAGCGAGGGAGUAGUGUGGGUGUGCCGUGCAUGCCGCUCUCCACCCUCCUGCUGGCUGCCAACAUCACCUCCAUUGACCUCCUCACCUCAGCCACUGGUGUCGACAACGACGAAGACAGAAUUGCUGAUGUUAUUCACGACCGUAGAUUUGAUGUUAAGAUGCUGCUUCUUCAUUUCCCAACGGGAAGGUUAUUCAAAGAUCCUUAUCCAUACAUUCCUGGCUACAUAUUGGACAUGGAGCACUCCACCCUUCUUGUCAAGCUCUUUAUCCGAAGGUCCAACUGUAAACUUAUCAGCAGGAACAAAUGCAAAAAAAUACACUACUAUGAUACGUCAGAGGCAUGUCUUGAAUACUUUUGUUUAAAUUUUUUGACUGUAUGGGCUGUGGCUCGUCGGCCGAUAUGAUCAACUUGC